UUCCUUUAUUCAACUUGGGUGUCCUUUUGCAACUGGUUUCACCACAGUUUGGAGAAACUGUUUGGGGCUAUGGGAGAGAAUAUAAGCAACCAUCCUUUUGCCACCAUAGCUAUGGCCAUUUUCCUCGUUGGGCUUUUUUCGAUUGGAUUUUUGUGGUUAAAUCCUGAAAACAGAUCUGCCAAGAUUUUUGUUCCCCAGAAUAGCAAAUCUCUGCAAGAUCUUGAUAAAGCAAGCAAAUUUUUCAAGUUGAAGCUGAGACAAGAGAAGGUAAUCAUUGCUCCUAAGCAAGGUGAAAAUAUAAUUGAUCCCAAGUACCUCAAAGAAGUCUUGCAAGUUCAUCUUGCGGUUGAAAAUUUGACAGGGUAUGCUGAUGUAUGUUCAGUAAGGCCUGGAGUAAAAGAAAGGUCAAGAGAAUUUUGCAUGGCUGUCAAUCCUUUGGAACUGUUUAAUUACAAUGCAGAGAACUUGAUUAACAUAAAAGCAAAACUGAGUAGUGCUUUAAACUGUCCAGGUGUUUUAAUGAGAAAUGGCCGCCCUUCAUGCCUUAACUUUCCAAAAAUGUUUAGUGGCAUAGCAAAAAAUGAAUCUUCAAACGAAAUUUUAAGUGCCCAAGCAUUGCAGAUAACAUACUAUGUUGAUGAGCCUAGCAGUGAUAAAAGCACAAAUGAAAUAGAAGCCUGGGAAGAAGCAUUUAUCCAGAAACUAUCCUCUUUGCAAGAUGAGUUGUCAAAUAUUGAAAUCUACUUUUCUGCCGAAAAAAGCUUGGAUGAUGCAGUUGCUGCAAGUAGCUCGUCUGAUAUCCGUUGGUUUUCCCUCACAUUUACUCUCAUGUUACAGUUUGCUAGCAUGAUGGCAGGAAAGAUUUUCACGAAUCCGCUGACGGGACACUCCUUACUUGCAUUAGGUGGCACCUUUGCUGUGGCUCUUGGAAUCUUAGCUGGGUUUUCUUUGUCUAUGCUAGCACAAACACCUUUUGUUAGCAUUGUUGGUGUUCUGCCAUUUCUUGUUGUUGGUAUUGGCCUUGAUGAUAUGUUUAUUAUUGUGGAUCACUUAGAUCGCCACGAACGUCACUUGAAAGUUCCUACUGUAGUCCGGCGAGUUAUGUCUGGUACAGGGGUAACAAUUACCAUGACAACCCUAACAGACCUGGUGGCCUUUGCUGUGAGCACAAAUUCUCAAUUCCCUUCAAUUAAGUACUUUUGUACUUACGCUGCUUUAACGAUAACCUUUGCAUUUCUCAUGAUUGUGACUGUCUUUGUGGCUCUGAUGUCAUUUGAUGUGCGGCGAAUAAAAGCAAAUAGACGAAACUGUCUUCCAAUGUGCUAUGCCCCAGAGCCAAAAGAAGGGCAGCCUCCUUGGGAUGAACCUCAGCCUCAGGUAUCAAACAAAUUGAUGAAAAGAUGGGCAGAGUUCCUCAUGUACCCAACAGUCAAGACUGCAGUUGUGCUUCUCUCUCUUUGCUUACUAGGAGGAGGUAUAUAUGCCACCAUUCACGUAGAUCAAGAAUUUGACAGAAGUUUGUUGGCCAAAGAAGGGACUUAUUUUGAUGAGUUCGUGAAAAUGGAGCGAAAAUAUUUCGAACUACCCAUGGAAACCAGUAUUGUAUUAAGUGGAAAUGUGGAGUAUGGAACAGUCUCUGUGCAAAAUAAGAUUACCAAGCUUUCUGAGAUUGUUGCAUUGAAUAAAUACUUUGAAAAAGAUACUGUUACAUGGAUGGGGGCUUUCUUGAAGUACUGUGAGAAUCAUAAUAAACCUUGCGAUGGUGAUGACUUCAUGGCCAGUUUAAAGAGUUUCCUUAGCACCUCUGAAUUCUCUUAUUAUAAUGGAGACAUCAAAUUUGGCCAAAAUGAGACAGUGAUUGAAGCCUCACGUAUAACUGCUUUCAUGAGACGCUCCUAUAGCUCAGUAUUCAAAAAGGAUGCCAUGCUGUCUAUGCGAAAGGAUUUAAAUGCAAAGUCAAAGCUGCCUGUUUAUGUGGCUGCAGCUCCCUUUGUUUACCUUGAGCAGUAUGCAGCUAUUCUCUCCGAGACAAUUCGUAACCUAACAAUUGCAGCGCUGGCAGUGCUCAUUGUGACAUUCCCCUUCUUGAUCAAUUUAAGUGUGUCUUUUUUGGUGUUUGUUGGUUUUGUGUCUCUGAUCUUUGAGUUGUUUGGAAUGAUGUGGCUGCUGAAUGUCUCUCUUAACUCCAUCUCCAUGAUAAACCUGGUUAUGGCUAUUGGUUUUUCUGUGGACUACAGUGCCCAUGUAGCUCAUGCCUUUGUUAAGGCAACUGAUACUUCAGCUGAUAAAAGGGUGGUCGCAGCAGUUACCUAUGUUGGAGCAAGUGUCAUGUUAGGAGGUAAGAACACAUCAGAGAGUAAGUAGCUGGAAAAUGAUCGUCCAAGUAAGUGAAGGCCUUAAUAGCACUGUUGACAGUGACUGAAGUUUCGACAACCUGUGCGAUAGUCAUCUUUAGAGUCAAAGUGACUUUUAUCACGUCUGUUGAUGGCUUUGAACUCUAGUUAUUGACCAGAUUGGUCAAUUAAGUCGAUGUUAUUAGUGUUCUGUCAGCUACGCCGUGAUGUUAUUGGCUAUGAAGACUCUAGAUGUGAAAUCUAAAUGUUUUAUAACGAACACUACUGAAUUGUAGUCAACAAUUACCGGCACCGCACAAACGGAUAACCGACAAUUUAAAACCAACAACAAACGACAGUUACACUGUGACAAAAGACAGACUGAAACGCACCAAACACAUUAAGAGUCUUCAUAGCCAAUAACAUCACGGCUUAACUGACAGACCACCACAAACACCGACUUAACUGACCAAUCAGGUCAAUAACCAGAGUUUAAUACUGUCAACUGAUGUGAUACAACUCACUUAGACUCUGAAGAUGACAGCACAGGUUGUCCAAGAGUUAAACAGUUCUAUUCAGUCAACAGUUCUAUUCAGGACUACACUCAUCCAGACAUCAUGCUCCACCUGCUUAUAUUAAACGGCUCCUGGGUUAAAACCUUUCUCUGCAGAGGGUAUUGCUUAAAGGCGCAUGUCUAACUAGAAGGCUUUGUUCACACAUCACUACUAAGACCCGUUUUUGUCCUUAUGCAAACAUUUUCAGCAAGACAUUACUAUUAUAGUGAGGUUAAAGCUAAAAAAAUGUAGGCUAGAACUGAAUGUGAAAUGUUCUGGCAUACAUGUAAAUUAGACUGACGGAAGCAAGACAAAAUUUAAUGAGAAAUCAAGCGUGACUCUCCGCGUGUGGCUGCUAGUACCCUUAAUUUUGACUUGUUUCUAAUUCCAGUCUUCCAUGUUCACGAACAAGUUCUUUUUGGUGGAUAGAAUGUCCUAUUCUCCUAGCUCUGCUACUGGAAUGAACGUCUACUACAGUCUGAGACAAAAAUAGUUGGAACUCUUCCAUCGGACGCUGUUUCUUUUUUUUUACUUCUGGCCCACCACUACAUCCACCCAAUGUCGUUUGUCGCAGUUAACUCACCAAAUCUUGCAUACCAACACUGGGAGGGUACGAAGACAGUUGACUGAGACUGUAGCAUGACUGAUACUGAGAUGACAUUUUAUUUACCUGUCAUGUAAACGAAUGUGGUCCAACAAGAGGAACUUUGCCAGUACAGAAUUGUUUCUUUAAUCUUUGGAAAAUUUUACAGAUAAGCAAAUGCAAAGUGAAUCUACCUUGUAAUUUUUUUCAUUAAGGAGGACAAUGUUAAAUGUUGAUUUUUUUUAUUUAGGUGCCAGUACCCUCAUUGGAAUCUUCAUGACAGCCUUCUCAAAGUCAAAUAUUUUUCAGAUUUUCUUCAAGAUGUUCUUUAGCAUGGUACUCCUUGGUCUUCUCCAUGGCCUUUGCUUUCUGCCAGUCCAUCUCUCUGUGCUGUACAAUCUUGCUGCAACAGUGUACAAAAGACGUGGCUCUAACUUAAAACAUAGUGAAGUGGUUCCUGGCGCAGAGGGUACAGUUUAUUGCAACCCAACAGGGGAUCAACUUCCUCUGGAAUCUUCUGCAAUCCAUCAAGAGACGCAGAAAGAUUGUAGAGAGCCUUCAAACCUUAUAUCCCCUGAGCAGCAGAUGAAUGACAGUACCACAAAAGGUUGGAAAAAUUAA